GAAGGCAGCAUUUCUCAUACCUGGAGAGGAGCGCUUGUGUCCGCACUUAACGGUUCGUGUCUGUUCCCCAGGACGGGACAGUAUUAUAAGCUGAACAAAUCCUUCUCUGUUAGGAUGCUUAUUGAGCAGUUGCACGGGUGAGAGACGCUUUUGACGUGUGCGGUGCUGUUAGACUAGAUUUAGUUGAGUAUUUUUGACUUAGAGUAGGUUAUUUUUUUUAUCCCUCGGUAGUUGGUGGUAGCACGACACUGGUGUUUUUUUCUAUACACACAUAUAUAUUUUGUGAUGGAAUAGUGAACAGUGUGCGCCAGAAAGGCUGCGUCUCGUCUCUCCUGACACCAUCCGGGACGGAACAUUUUUGACUAAGGCAAGCGCCAAAAGGAGAAGGCGCAACAUGUUUGAAGCCUCGGGAGUCCCUCUCAUCCUGCUGGACAUAGCCUGUGUAAUACUCGUUGGACUUCCAUUUUUUAUCCUUACUCCUCUACACAACCCUUUCAAACGAGGGUUUUUCUGUGAUGAUGAGUCCAUCAGAUACCCCCUCAAAGACGACACCAUACCCUACCCACUGCUGGCAGGAGUCAUGAUCCCCUUUGUACUGAUCAUGAUUCUCUGUGGCGAGUUCCUUUCUGUUUACUUCUCUCGCAUCAAGAACCAGUCAUUAGGGACUAAGUAUAUGGCAUGUAUCUACAAAGCUGUGGGCAGCUAUGUUUUUGGAAUGGCUGCUAGCCAGUCUCUGACAGACAUCGCCAAGUACUCCAUCGGUCGUCUGCGGCCAGACUUCCUGGCUGUGUGCAAACCAGAUCGCAUCAACUGCAAAACUGGUGGUUACAUCGAGAACAUCACCUGCACCGGAGACAAGUUUCUGGUAGACGAGGCCAGGGUGUCCUUCUACUCUGGUCAUUCUUCCUUCUCUAUGUACUGCAUGCUGUUCCUUGCACUGUACAUUCAAGCGAGACUGACAUCAGAAUGGGCGCGGCUUCUGCGUCCCACCAUUCAGUUCUUCUUGAUUGCAACUGCUGUGUAUGUGGGUCUGUCCCGGGUGUCUGACUACAAACAUCACUGGAGUGAUGUGCUGACUGGCAUCGUGCAAGGGGGGUUAAUGGCCGUUUUCGUAGUUUUUUGUGUGGCCAACUUUUUUGAACAGCCAGUGGACGCCGGGAGCUCUCUCUUGUUGUCACGCUGA